AUGUCGUCGCUAGACCCACCGACGUAUCUCACCUCGAUCCAGAACAACAUUCGCGCACGGCCAAUAUCAUGGGAAGGCGCAGUGCGGGCCAAGACGAUCACCGACGAAGACCUGAAAAAGAUCAAGUCAAUCGACAAAGUGCGCAAGGAGCAGCGCAAGCAGACAAUUGAGUCCGACGUGAACAGCUUUGUCACGCUAUUGUUGGGCGGUGAUGGGUCGCAGAGCAUCUUCGAGGCCGCAGCGAAACGCCAGGACAUCAUUCAUUACAUGCUGGUGUUGCUAGGGGACAUCAUUGAUGACAUUCCUGCACUUACGUCAGCCCUCGUCCAGCAUCCAGCACCAUUCAAGCCAUUUCUGCCGCUUCUGAAAGCCUCCUCGAACAACGAAGACCCUGUACCGCUGCUCACCUCCUCAGUCCUUUCUGGCCUAAUCUCUCACGCCGUAGUAACCUCAUCGAAAGACACCACACAACUCGACCAAGCGCUCCCGCAGCUUUACACCUACCUUUCGACACUGGCAAAGGCUUCGGACGCUGGGCUUCAGGACAUUGCUGUACGAGAAUCCUCCGCAGUACUUCGUAGUUCGAAGGCGAGGCAUUUGUUCUGGAAGCAAAGGAAGGAGACCCUUGAUCCAUUGUUUGACAUCCUGCGCUCAGCAGUAGGAUCGAGCAAUGACCGGGAAUCAACUUUGUACAGUGGCGGUGGCAGCAUUCGUAGCGCUGGAGACAGCGGCCUGUCUGGUGGUGUAGGACUGCAGCUCCUCUACCAUAUCCUACUUGUCAUCUGGCAGCUCAGCUUCGAGGGCGAGCUUGUUGGUAACGGCCUUCAAGAUGAACACGACAUUGUCCUUCUUUACACAGGUCUCCUACGAGUCUCGCCCAAAGAAAAGACUACUCGUCUCCUUCUUUCCACUCUUGUCAAUCUUCUUACCACGAACCGUCAGACACUGUUGCCCACAGCUGUCCUUGCUCGUCUGCCAGCCCUGCUCAACAGCCUGAAGUCGCGCCAUUUGACUGAUGAAGAUGCGCUCGAGGAUCACAAGACUCUCACAGAGCUUCUCGAAGAGUACACCAAAACACAGACCACCUUCGACGAGUAUGCUGCAGAGCUACAGUCUGGUCAUCUCCGCUGGUCGCCACCGCAUCGCAACCCCACUUUCUGGCGUGAUAACGCUCGCCGUAUCCUAGACGAGAAUAAGGGUGAGUUGCCCAGGAAGCUUGCGGAAAUCCUCUCCAAGAGCUGGGAAAAUGAUAAGCAGGUGUUGGCCAUUGGCUGCAACGACGUUGCAUGCUUGGUCAAGGAGGUACCCGAGAAGAGGCAACAAUUGGAGAAGUUAGGCCUCAAGGGUAGAGUUAUGGAGCUUAUGCAGGAAGCGGACGAGAGCGUGAGAUGGGAAAGCUUGAGGGCCGUUGGUGAAUGGCUUAGGUACAGCUUCGAGUCGAAGAGCGAGCUGCCUUUGAGAUAA